UGGAAAAGAAUGAUUUUCUCUAUUGAUAUUUUAAUACAAAAAUUACAAGGGUAUAUAUACAUAAGACAAACUAAUUUUAUUGACCAAACCAAACAUAUAUUUGUUUUCAGAUGUAAACACAUCUUAAUUUCUUUGAACUCUCUCAAACAUUUCAUCAAACAUGUUGCGGGCGUUAAAAACACGUCAAUACGAAAAUUAAACAGUUGAAAGAUGACAUCUUAGACUCACAAAUUCAUUCCAACUCAUUCAUUUGUUACGAGUGCAUGAACUUCGAUCAACUGAUCUUGUUCCCCACUACGCCAACAGCUUCUCUCAACAUCAUCAUCAUCUUCGCUUUCUCUCUAUCUCAUAGUGCUGCCCACGAACAAACUCGGCAAAUGAUCCAUUCUUCUUUUUACUUUUUGCCUUUUUAAUUUUUUCUAAUCAAUCUUCUUUGUUUCGGGUUCGAAUGGCGUAUUGCGUAGAAUCCACUCUCCGCGUCCGGGAGGUCGUAAUACGUAUGGGUUUGCUCGUCUUCCAUUAACCUUUGGGUCAACGGAUGUGGAAAUUCUUCUCGCUUGCUCCUCUCCAGGAAGCUCCAGUUUUCAAACUCUGCGCUAUUUUUUCUAUGAGGCUGAAAGAGAGAGAAAUCAGGAAUGGCGAAGGUUCCCGCGGGUACUUACCAAACAACAAAACAUAGUCCAAAAAGUAAGGAACAAACAAAUAAAAUAGAGUAGAUGCAACUUCAAAAUUCAAAGGAAAUACUUGUCGAAGUAAGGUUGAAAUAAUAUUAAAUUUAUAGCAAGUAAUUUUUAAGGAAAAUUUGUAUUUAUUUAUUUAUAUUUUUGCUUCUCUCUAUUUUGAUUUAAGACCCAAAUUGACACUUUGACAACAUUAAGGGUUAUUUCAAACUUCUAAAAUCUUACGUCCUUUUGAAAUUUUGAAAAUAUUGAAAAAAGAAAGAAAAAUAGGAAAAAUUCUAUUUCAUCAUAUUUGGUUAUCAAGGAAAGUGAGAAUAAAAAUAAAAAUCUAUCAACAAAAUUUUAAAUUUACACAUCUUUAUUAUUUAGUUUUUUUUAAUUUUUAAUUAUAUAAUAAAAAUUUAAUAUUUUAAAUGGUAUUUAACAUGGAGAGAAAAUAUAAUGAAAAAUAUAUUUUCAUUUUUUUUUUCUAUUCUUUCUUCGGUUAAAACCAUUAAUCCAUACUGGCCCUUAGGAAAGGGGAAAAAAAAAGAAGAAAUCUAAUUUUUCAGGUUUGGUUAUCAAGAAAGAAACAAACAAACAAAAAAAAAUCCAAAUCAAUGAACAAAAAGUAUAAUUUUAAACAUCAUUUAUAUUUGAUAUUUCUUAAUUUUAUUUGCAUUUAAAUAAAAUUUUGUUUGGUACAUAUGGUUAACAUUUAGUUUUCCUAAUUUUUCAUCAUAUUAGGACAACAUUUUACUUUUAUAGUAAUUGGUGUGGAGAGAAAAUACAAGAGAAAAUUUUUUUUUUUUUAUAUGAGGCUGAAGGAAUGGCGAAGAUUCUCGCUGGUUAACCCAGAAAUUUUCUAAUCACUCGCUUCACUUUUCUACUUUCCACCGACGCGUAGGAAGGCCCAUAAAUGAGCAACCGAAGAGGCUCAUUUACAUUGUGCUCUCUGAUAACAUCUUCACUCACUCACUCACACUCCCUCCGUCGCUGCUGAAUUUCCAUUGUCCAAUGGCUUCCGCCAGCAACCAAAGAGCCUCUCCUUCUCCUUCUUCUUCCGAUCUGCAGUUUUUAUUCGAUGUGUUCUUGAGCUAUAGGGGCGCAGAUACCCGCAACAGCUUCGUUAGCCAUCUCUACGCGACUUUGCAUCGGAAAGGGAUUAAGACCUACAAGGACGAUGAAAAGCUCGAAAGGGGGAGAGAAAUUUCGCCGGAGCUCCUGAAAGCCAUUGAGGGUUCGAGGUUUUCGAUCAUCGUUUUCUCAGAAAACUACGCUUCUUCGACUUGGUGCUUGUAUGAACUUGCGAAGAUCGUGGAAUGCAAGAACCUGAGGCGGCAAAAAGUUCUCCCCAUUUUCUACAAUGUAACUCCCUCGGAAGUACGGAAGCAAACAGGGAAAUUCGCAGAGGCCUUUGCCAAACACGAAGAAGAGAGAAAGGAGAAGGUGCAGAGCUGGAGGGAAGCUCUGAUCGAAGCUGCCAAUUUGUCUGGGUGGAGUUCACAUGAGCAGGGCAGGUCUGAAUCCAUGCUUAUUGAUGAAGUUGUCCACUUUAUACUAAAGAAACUGAAGUAUUUUUCCAUAAGUAUUUGUAAGGAUCUAUUUGGUAUUGGUUCUCGCAUAGAAGAAUUGAAUUCAUUGUUAUGCACCGAAGUCAAUGACGUUCGCUUUGUAGGAAUAUGGGGCAUGGGUGGCAUAGGUAAGACCACCAUUGCAGAAGUUGUUUAUGAUCAAAUCUCUUAUCAAUUUGAAGCAUGUUGCUUUCUUGCAAAUAUAAGGGAACAUGAUUUAGUUUCUUUGCAAGAAAAACUUCUUUCCAUAAUCUUGAUGGAAAGAAAUGUACAUAUAGAUUCUCUCAGUUUGGGAGCAAAUGCCAUAAGGGACAGACUUCAUUGCAGAAAGGUUCUUAUUGUCCUUGACAAUGUGGAUAAGUUGGAUCAGUUAGAAGCACUUGCUAGGAAGCAUGAUUGGUUUGGCCCAGGAAGUCGAAUCAUCAUCACAACUAGAGAUGAACAUUUGUUAAUUGCGCAUAAUGUGGCAAAAAUAUGCAAGGCUAAACAUUUCGACUAUGUGGAAGCUAGUGAACUCUUUUGCUGGAAGGCUUUUGGGCAGAUAUACCCCAAGGAAGAAUAUGUUGAAGUCAUAAACUCACUAAUAAGUCAUGUAAAUGGCCUUCCAUUAGCGCUUAAAAUUUUGGGUUCUUUUCUUUGUGGCAGAGGUGUUGAUGAAUGGAAAAGUGUGUUGAAUAAACUGAAAAAAUAUCCCAAUGAAGAAAUUCAAAAGAUUCUUAAAAUAAGUUAUGAUGCACUGGAUGAACGGCAGAAGGAUUUAUUUCUUGAUAUUGCAUGUUUCUUUAAAGGCGAUUACAAGGAGUAUAUAAUUAAAAUACUAGAGGGUCCUGAUUUCUUCCCUAUUGAUAUUAGUGUUCUUGUUGAGAAGUCGCUUACAACAAUCCAAGACAUGGGAAGGGGUAACAAGGUGUUGAUGCAUGACUUAUUACAAGACAUGGGAAGGGAUAUUGUUCGUCAAGAGUCCCCUAAAGAGCCUGGCAAACGCAGUAGGUUAUGGUCCUGUGAAGAAGUUUGUCACGUACUAUCAAAAAAAUCAGGGACUGAAAAAGUUGAAGCCAUUGUCCUAGACCUUCAUGAACUAAAGGAGGUAAAUUUUAGCGCUAAAGCCUUUGCAACCAUGACCAAUCUAAGAUUGCUCAAAAUCUAUUAUAAUGACCGACCUGAAGGAUUUAAAUAUCUUCCCAGAUUCAAAAAUAAUUGUAAAUUGCACAUUUCUGGAAGCCUUGAAUUUCUUUCUAACAAAUUAAGGUGUCUCUACUGGUGUGGAUUUCCUUUUAAAUCUAUUCCUGCAAAAUUUUAUCCGGAGAACAUUGUUGAGCUUAAUAUGUCUUAUGGCCGUAUCAAACAACUGUGGAAAGGGGUCAUGGUAUUAAAGAAUUUGAAAUUUGUGAAUCUCAGUCACUGCCAAAAUCUGAGGAAGACCCCAAACUUUAGUGGCGUCCCAAACCUUGAGUGUAUAAUUCUUAAAGGUUGUAUAAAUUUGGUUAAGAUUCAUCCAUCCAUUGGAACCCUUAAGAGGCUUAUUAUUUUGAAUUUAAAGGACUGCAAAAAUCUUAGAUAUCUUGUGAGCGCAAUUGACUUGGAAUCUCUUGAAAGUCUCAUUCUCUCGGAUUGUUCGAAACUCGAGGCAUUUCCUAAGAUUUCAAGUAAUAUGCCGUAUUUACGGAAGCUUUCUUUGCAGAGGACUUCCAUCAAAGAGCUACCAUCUUCCAUUAAAUAUCUCAGCAGCCUCGUUUCACUAGAUCUUGAAGAGUGCAAAAACCUUGAGCUUCUCCCAAGCAGCAUAUGUGCACUAGGAUCUCUUGAAAUACUCACUCUUUCGCAUUGUUCAAAACUUGCGGAAUUGCCAGAGGACUUGGGGAGUUUAGAAUGUUUACGGGAACUAUGUGCUAAUUCGACAGCCAUAAACCAGCUUCCGCCCUCUAUCAUACAAUUGAAGAACCUAGACCGUGUAAAUUUUUUCGGAGCUGGUCUUGGUUCACAGAUGUUGAAAGCACGGCCUGGUCAACGUUUCUUUACGUUAUUGCGAAGUAGAGAUCAUAUGAUCACCCAUCUAGAUUUGUCUUUAUUGGCAAGGCUAUGCUCUUUAGUAUCUCUAAAUGUCGGUGCUUGCAAUCUCUUGACAAUCCCGAAUGAUAUAGGCUGCUUGUCAUCUUUGCGGGAGUUAAACCUCAGCUAUAAUAAUUUCAGAUGCAUUCCUUCAAGCAUCAGUCAGCUUUCUAAUUUACAUUCCCUGGAUUUGACGGGUUGUGAAAGGCUCCAAGCAUUGCCAGAGCCCCCAUCAAGUUUCACAACUUUAGUUGCAGACGGUUGCACAUCACUGGAAAAUUUAGCAAAUGCACACGCAUGGAAUUUUUGGCGUGCUGGAUUCUCAAAUUGUCCAAAAUUACUGGAGAAUCACUACAUUGAUGAUUUGGUUGAGAUAUGGGUGAAGAAUCAUUUUCAGGAUCAUUAUUCAAAAUUCCACACUAUUCUUCCUGGAAAAGAGAUUCCAAAGUGGUUGAGCCAUCAUGACAUGGGGGAUUCAGUGUCCAUUCAAGUGCCUCCAAAUUGGUAUGAUGGUACUGUGGGAGUUGCUAUGUGUGUUGUUUUUAAAUGCCAAGAACGAAGCUUCCCUACACGUCCAGCAAAGUGGUGGGGGAUAAGCGGUAGAAAUCGCUAUAAUAUGCCCUUUGAGUACCGCUUUGAAUACUUUGACCAUCCAGCAUUAAAAACCAAUGAAGAGCACUUGUGGUUUGGGUUUUUAAAUUUAGAUACUCUAAUGGGUGAUUUGCCAUGGACACAGACUUUCUUGCCGCGAAGAGAAGAUAGCAAGAAGAUGACUGCUUCCAUUUAUCUCGCCCUAGAGUCUGGGCAUGUAAUAGAGAAGUGUGCAGCCCGUCUAGUGUUCAAAGAAGACGUGGAAGAAAAGGAUAAAGACGUGUGUGCCUCUGGUGAGGCUCAGAGUGAAGCUUCUCAUUUUUCAGACGUCGGUGUUUGUAUGUCCUUCAUUGCUAGGAUUUCUGAAUUCAACAAUUGGUAAAUGGUAUUGAAGAAUUUGAAAAUCUUGAACCUCAGUCACUGCCAGAAUUUGGAAAUCUCAAGAAGCUUAUUCUUUUGUAUUUAAAGGACUGCAAAAAGCUUAGAUAUCUUGUGAGUGCAAUUGCCUUGGAAUCACUUGAAAGUCUCGAAUUUGAAGGCUGUUCGAAACUCCGGAAAUUUCCAAUGGUUUUUACGGGAGCUUUCUUCUAUCAAAAAGCUAUCACCUACCAUUAAAUAUCUUAGCGGCCUCGUUUUACUAAAUCUUGAAGAGUGCAAAAACCUUAUGUUUCUCCCAAGAAGCAUGUCUAUGCUAGAAUCUCUUGAAACACUCAAGCUCUCAGGCCGCUCAAAACUUGGGAAUUGUUCCCAUUGUCAGGGCUAUCCUCUUUAAAAUUUCUAGAUGUCAGUGAUUGCAAUUUCUUGACAAUAAUCCCGAAUGAUAUAGGCUGCUUGUCAUUUAAGGGAGUUAAAGAUCAGGCAUAAUAAUUUCAUAAGCAUUAUUCAAACAUCAGUCAGCUUUCUGAGUUGGGAGUGCCUAAAUUUGGAUGGUUGUGGAAGGCUCCAAGCAUUGCCAGAGCUCCCAUCACGUAUCCAAAAUUUAGUUGCAGACGGCUGCACAUCACUGGAAAAAUUACCAAAAACAUUGAAUUAUAAGUGUGCUACAUUCGCAAAUUGAUCAAAAUUACUUGAGAAUCAAUGCAUUGAUGAUUUGUUUGAGAUAUUGCUGCAGGUUUUUACUUCAGGAUCAGCUUUCAAGACUGUUCUUCUUGGAAAAGACAUUCCAAAGUGGUUCAGCCAUCAAAACAUGGGGAAUUCAGUGUCUAUUCAAUUUCCGAUAUAGUGGGAACUGUUUUGUGUGUUGUUUUCAAAUCCCAUAAAGGAUGCUAUCCUCGCAGUUGCAGAAUUACAUAUGAAACGAGAUAUGGUGAUGUCUACGACCCUCACUGGGCCUAUUUUUGUCCUCCUCGCUGGUAUAAUUUCCAUCGCAAGGACCAUCCAAGAAUCAAUUUCAAUGAAGAGCACCUAUUUAUUGUUUCUAUAAAUUCACUUCCAAGGUUUUCCGAAGCUCGGGAGGUAUGAUUUUACCAAAAUGAAUCUAAUUAUGCAUUCCAAUCAAGAUUAUGAGCUUAUGAUAGAGAAGUGCGCAGCCCGUCCACUGUACAAGGAAGAUGCAGAAGAAGGAUGAAGACAUGUCUACCUCUAAUGAGACUCAAAAGAGUGAAGCUUCCCAAUUUUCGUGCCACCUCCACUUCGGGAAAAGUCGCUCAUGGGUUCAAGUGCAAGGAAGCAGCCUCACUACAUAAAAGUAGGGGUAACGUCUGCUACCCUCGCAAAACAGAGAGCCUUACAACUCGAGGACGCCCUUUUUUUGAACUAUGGGUUGCAGCCUGCAGCAAGCUGAGACUGUGGAGAGUGAGGUUUUGGCUUGAGAAUCUAUUCAAGUGCAUCCAUUUUCUUGGUCAUGCAAUCCUCAAAGAUAUCAUGGAGCUUUAAAAGGCUGGAUUAAUGAUUUGUAUAUUUUAGAUGCACAAAUAGUCUUAGAUUUUGCUAUUCUUUUCUUGUUUGUGCUUGGUUGGCAGCCCAUUGGUGUCGUUCGAUAGAUUCAAUCUUUGAGUUGAUUUAAAUAUAAAGUAAAAUAAAAUAAAAAGUUCAUGAUU